ACCGCAUCACGCAAAAUAUUACGAAUAAUACUUGUCCUCUCAUCGACUUCCACGCCUCCUUCCACUCUCUUCUCUUGCUGAAAAAUCACAGAGAUCUAAUCGGCAUCAACCUACCCGAAUACCCAAAUACCGGAAAUGGCAUUAGAGUGGGUGGUGCUAGGCUACGCUGCUGGAGCUGAAGCAAUCAUGCUUCUACUCCUCACAGUUCCCGGUCUCGACCCUCUUCGCAAGGGUCUCCUCUCCGUGACCCGCAGUCUCCUCCGACCCUUUCUCUCAAUCGUCCCGUUUUGUCUGUUCCUGUUAAUGGACAUCUACUGGAAGUACGAGACCCGACCCACUUGUGAAUCCGCUGAAUCCUGUACCCCAUCUGAGCAUCUCCGUCACCAGAAGUCCAUCAUGAAGUCCCAGCGUAAUGCCCUCCUCAUCGCCGCCGCUCUCAUCUUCUACUGGCUGCUUUACUCCGUCACUGGUCUGGUUGUUCGUAUCGAGCAGUUGAACAAGCGGAUUGAGAAGAUCAAGGCUCAGGAUUGAGCGGCAAUUUCUGAUUUGUGGGUUGGUUUUAGUUUCCGUUUUUAAGGAAGCCCUUUUGGGAAUUUCAUCUAUGAUUAGUGAUAUUAUAUGUUAUGAUGUUGAUUUUGACCCUCGUUUACUGUUAAUUUCGAAUUUGGUAAUCUGAGCUAGUAGCUUAAGACCCAAGAUUGAUCAAUCUGAUAUCUCGGUUUGUCUUAGUUCUCGAUUAUAAGGAAUCCCUUUUGGGAAUUUCAUCUCUGGUUAAUAGUGGUUUUGGAUGCUUUUGUGA